CUGAAAACAAAUAUGGCGGUGAAAAUGAAUUCUUGAGCGUGUGUCACAGUAGAUGAAAUUGCCUUUGCUUUACUGCGCCUCUAAAUUUCAAACAUGCAUUCCAGAAUGCUAAGCUAAGAACGUAAGAUGGCUUCUUACUUGGGUUUCCAUGGCAAUGAGUCAGUACCUCAUCAGUUGCCAGCAUCAUUGACCCAAACACAUUUCUGGGACAAGGGAAUCCUUAACGGAGUACCAUCAAUGUUAAACAAGUACACUGACUACACAUCUGGAACAGAUGAUCUGGAAAUUUCUCAGUUUUCAGAGUUCCAUGAGGAUUUAGACACUGAUACAACGCCUAGUUCUCAGCUGCCCCCUUCAUUUCACCAGUGGCAGUCAGUUCACACACCAGAGCUAUGCGCUCCUGAUCCGGACCUUGGCCUCACCCCAGAGAAAAGAGUACCCUUUGCCAGGAGCAAUUUCAAAACGGAUGUAAAAGACAAAACUGAACGCAAAGUUCGUUUUGAUGUGGCAUCAAGUAGUGAAUCUGAACUUGAAAAGUCCCCUGAUGCCUGUAUUAAAGGCAAAUCAGAUACACCUGAUAAAACUUCUUGUGAAUGCCUCGGAGACUCUGUUGGGCCACCUUUACACAAUAGUAAACAGCAUAAAGAAAUUCCUCAGGUCUACGCAUACUCUCUAAACUCUUAUCCUGCUUUGAAAGAUACACAAAUCACUGACAUUAAAACUACUUGCUCAACUGAUGGCAAAAAGAAAAAGGCAAAGUUAAAAGAUAAGCCCCUGAAAUUUUCCAAGGGAGAUGAAACUUUAAUACAAAAACAGCUGUGUGAUGAUUCCCCUGUUAGGAGGGAACAAGAAGAAAGCCCAGUAGUUACAGAGUACAACUUUCCGUUUAAAGACAAUGAGGAACAGGACAGUGAUAUUUUACUUUCUAGUGCUUUUGAACGUCCAGAAUAUAAUAGUACCUUGAGGCUUGGAAAUGAAAUGAAAGAUUUAGCAUCUCAAAGACCUGAUGUAGCCAAAGCUGUAAGGGAAACCUUAGAGAAGUCAGAAGCCUUGAGAACUGGAAUUAAUGAGAAGGCAGCUUUGCGUGUGAACACUCAAGGCGAUGUCUUCCAGGGACUUGCUCCUUUAGAGGUUCCCAUUAGUGACAUCAUAUCUCAAGUGGAACGGGACCAAAGGUCAAAGGUUAAGCAUAGUGGUGGAAAAAACAAAAGGGACACCAAAUCGAAGGUACAAGAAAGUGUCAGCAAAUACACAUCAGAUGAAAAAAAUAGACAUUUGCGUUUUAUCUGUUUUCAGGACUUAGAAGAGCCAGAUCUGAUGGAAUUUUUCACGCUUGAUCUCCAGAGAGAACAUGUUGACCUUAGUGUGACAGGUGUUAGUUUCCCUAAGGAUGCUUUGUCAUUAGCCCCACACGACAAAGCCUUUGAAAUGUACAAACAUAAUCUAGCAUGGGAAGAGUUUGACUAA